CCUGUCGUCAUCGUCGUCGUCGUCUUCCUCGAGAAUUCACUUGUUGUUGCAAGGGAAGGAGACGGGUACGGUCGCACUCCACUCCACUCCCCUCCGUCCGUACCUCCCCUCUCCAAUCCACUCCCCCAAUUUUUUUCCCAAUGCAAGACCAAUGCAAGGAAUGAAUCGACCAGCAGCAGCAGGGGCGAGAGAGGCACCGGCGACGGCGGGACCUAGACGCAGACGGAGGCAGGCAGCAAAGCCAAAUCCACCUUGAUGGAGUGGAGCCAAGCCCGAUGGCCAAUGGCGGAGCUGCGCAUGCCCCACUCCUCUCGAUCGUCGCCAUCCACCUCCCGCCUCCUUAUAUUCCCCUCCGCCCGCCUCCCUCGAUCUCCAUUCCCAUCGAAUCGAGCCACAGCUGAUUCCUCUCGAUGGAGGCCCUCGGCAUGGACGCCAUCAGCAACGAAACCGUCGACCUGGAGCACAUCCCCGUGCAGGAGGUCUUCGAUCACCUCAAGUGCACUCGCGAGGGCCUCACCGCCGCCGCCGCUCAGGAGAGAAUCAACGUCUUCGGCUACAACAAGCUGGAAGAGAAGCAGGAGAGCAAAGUGCUCAAGUUCCUGGGCUUCAUGUGGAACCCCCUUUCCUGGGUCAUGGAGGCGGCUGCCAUAAUGGCCAUCGCCCUUGCUCAUGGAGGAAAAGAUCUUAGGGGAAAGAAAAUGCCCAUAGACUACCAUGACUUUGUCGGAAUCAUGCUACUGCUCAUUAUCAAUUCCACCAUUAGCUUCAUAGAGGAAAACAACGCUGGCAAUGCUGCUGCUGCACUUAUGGCCCGCCUCGCCCCAAAAGCUAAGGUUCUACGUGAUGGAACCUGGAGUGAACUGGAUGCGUCUUUGCUGGUUCCUGGUGACAUAAUCAGCAUUAAACUUGGAGACAUCAUUACAGCAGAUGCACGUCUUCUCGAGGGAGAUCCUCUAAAAAUUGAUCACUCUGCACUUACAGGAGAGUCGCUACCUGUAACCAAGCACCCUGGUGAUGGAGUCUACUCUGGUUCAACCUGUAAGCAAGGUGAAAUAGAAGCAGUUGUUAUUGCCACUGGAAUCCAUACCUUCUUUGGGAAAGCAGCCCAUCUGGUUGAGUCAACUAAUCAUGUUGGCCACUUUCAGAAGGUUCUGACAUCAAUUGGAAACUUCUGUAUUUGCUCAAUUGCUGCUGGAAUGACUAUCGAGUUAAUCGUGAUGUACGCUAUUCAUGAAAGAAAGUACCGUCAGAUCAUUGAUAACCUUCUUGUGCUUCUUAUUGGAGGAAUUCCCAUUGCCAUGCCUACGGUUCUUUCUGUCACUAUGGCUAUUGGAUCAGACAAACUAGCUCAGCAGGGUGCUAUUACCAAGAGGAUGACUGCCAUAGAAGAAAUGGCUGGAAUGGAUGUCCUUUGUAGUGACAAGACAGGAACACUGACACUCAACAAACUAAGUGUUGACAAGAAUCUAAUUGAGGUUUUUGCUAGAGGUAUGGAAAAGGAUGACAUUGUUUUAAUGGCUGCAAGGGCUUCUAGAAUAGAGAAUCAAGAUGCUAUUGAUUUUGCUAUUGUUUCAAUGUUGCCAGAUCCAAAAGAGGCACGUGCCGGCAUUCAAGAAGUUCAUUUCCUCCCAUUCAAUCCAACUGACAAGAGGACAGCACUCACAUACUUAGAUGCUGGGGGUAAAAUGCACAGGGUUAGCAAAGGUGCUCCUGAACAGAUUCUGAAUCUAGCAUCGAACAAGUCUGAGAUUGAAAGAAAGGUCCAUCGUGAUAUUGGCAAUUACGCCGAGAGAGGGCUGCGAUUGCUUGCUGUUGCCUAUCAGGAAGUACCUGAAGGGACCAAGGAAAGUCCUGGAGGACCUUGGCAAUUUGUUGGUCUUCUCCCGCUCUUUGAUCCUCCCUGUCAUGAUAGUGCUGAAACCAUACGCAGAGCUGUUGACCUUGGAGUCAGUGUGAAAAUGAUUACAGGUGAUCAGUUGGCUAUAGCUAAGGAGACUGGCCGGAGGCUAGGAAUGGGAACAAACAUGUAUCCUUCUUCGUCAUUGCUGGGUGACAAAAAAGGUGACAUAGCGGUCCUACCAGUGGAUGAGUUGAUUGAGCAAGCGGAUGGGUUUGCUGGAGUUUUUCCAGAGCACAAAUACGAGAUUGUGCAGAGGCUACAAGCCAGAAAGCACAUAUGUGGGAUGACCGGAGAUGGAGUCAAUGAUGCACCUGCUCUGAAGAUAGCAGAUAUUGGAAUUGCUGUGGCCGAUGCUACUGAUGCUGCUCGAGGUGCCUCUGACAUAGUUCUGACGGAACCUGGAUUGAGUGUGAUCAUCAGUGCAGUGCUAACUAGUCGGGCAAUUUUCCAAAGUAUGAAAAAUUAUACUAUAUAUGCGGUGUCUAUAACCAUACGUAUUGUGCUCGGGUUUUUGCUCUUGGCAUGCUUUUGGAGGUUUGACUUCCCUCCGAUGCUGGUUCUUGUGAUAGCGAUUCUUAACGAUGGAACCAUUGUGACUAUCUCCAAAGACAAGUUGAAGCCAUCUCCCCACCCGGACAGCUGGAAGCUAGCGGAGAUAUUUGCAACAGGAGUGAUCAUCGGGGCUUACCUGGCUGUGACGACGGUGCUCGGAGGUACACGGACCCCCCUCCGCCAUCAGUUGUCAUCCGUGGAGCAGCUAGGCCUGAUGGCGGAGGAUGCCCGGCGGCGCGCCGAGAUCGCCCGGCUCCGGGAGCUGCACACCCUCAAGGGCAAGGUGGAGUCGGUGGUGAAGCUCAAAGGCCUCGACCUGGACGACAUCAACAACCAGCACUACACCGUGUGAUUACUGAUUCAUUGCCUGAUCGAUCCAUCGCCUGCCUGAAUAUGGCGAGUCGAACUCAGGAUCUCAAGUGCUACCGAGACUCUUGUAACCACUAAGCUACAUGCCAUUUUGCGGCUAACUCCUAUAUAUCAUGCAAGUUACUAUU